CAUAUUGAAACUGUACUUUCCUACUUUGGCUGCCCGGGAAGAAAGAACUUUCAACGGUCGCUUUUUCAGAUUUGGAAUUUAAAUAAUUUGCCCGCGGGAAAAGUUACCAUUGACUCGGGGCUUCUUGGCUUCUGCAGCCGUUGGUCUGUUGCGUUGAGCACUGUGAAAGGUUACAGCUGUGUGGUGAUGGAAUCUACAGUUUGAGAAUUUAUAGAAAAGAUGGUGGACCGCUUGGCGAAUAGUGAGGCCAACUCAAAACGUAUUGCAGUCGUUGAAGCCUGCUUCGGCACGGCAGGCCAACCGCUGGUAAUCCCAGGUCGAGUGCUCAUCGGAGAAGGCGUUCUCACAAAAUUGUGCCGCAAAAAGCCCAAAGCCCGGCAGUUCUUUCUCUUCAAUGACAUCCUGGUGUAUGGCAGCAUUGUUAUCCAGAAGAAAAAGUACAAUAGGCAACACAUAAUCCCACUGGAGUUUGUCACCAUAGACACCGUCGAGGAUGAGGGCGACCUGCGCAAUGGCUGGAUCAUUAAAACACCCACCAAGUCAUUCGCCGUCUACGCCGCCACAGCUACGGAGAAAUCCGAGUGGAUGAGCCACAUCAGCAAGUGCAUCUCGGAUCUGCUAGAAAAAAGCGGGAAAUCUCCUACCGGGGAGCACGCGGCAGUGUGGGUGCCCGACUCGGAAGCGUCUGUAUGCAUGCGUUGCCAGAAGGUGAAAUUCACGCCGGUCAGCAGACGCCACCACUGCAGGAAGUGCGGAUUUGUUGUGUGCGGCCCCUGUUCAGAAAAGAAGUUCCUGCUUCCCAGUCAGUCAUCCAAACCAGUGCGCGUGUGUGAGUUCUGUUACAAACAACUCUCAACGGGCGCCACCCUGCCCCCCCGCUCAGACUCCUACAGUCUGCAUGGUUCAGAGUUCUCCACCAACAACCUCUCUGAUGACGAAGAUGAGGAUGACAGCAGUGACUGAGGGCAUCAGUCUGCAUGCUCCCUUUUAGGACUAUUGAUAACCCACAUAUCCCAAAAUGUUAGUCUCUCUAAUUUUCCUUCAGGGUUUGCAAAGUUUUUUCCAACCAUUUUAUUCCUGUGGCAAUAAUACCCUUGACGCAACACAGUAAAUGUACCCUAAACAAUUAAGAACUCUGUGCAUAUGAAAGAAAAGGUUUGAAAGGAAUUGUUGUAAAAUUCCUGAACACUACUUGCAGACUCAUUCUACUUUCUAGCACAUCUCAAAUGCAUCUCUCGCUCAUAGUUUUAACCUCUUAUAUGCAAAAGGCAUGUCUUUAAGAUUGUUCUCAUUUGAGUAUUCUGAUCAAGUGUAAUGUAUUUCUCUGUAGCUUAAGCUACAGCCAGUUGAACUACAGAGACAACCUUCCAGUUGAUCAGAAUAAUGCACAACAUUGCAGACUGUUCAUAGACAUCCAUUCAAUGCACAAAUCCUCAGGGGAAGGCGUGUAGUGCAUUAUAACAGGUUUAGUUGUUUUACAAAAUUAGCUGCUUUUAUUGCAACUAACCACUAACAAACCAUAAAAGUGCAUUCUGGAGAAGGUCUCCAAAUGAAAUUCCUCUUACUUUGGUUUGUGGACUGUCUUCAGUAAUUGCAAAUGACAAUUCAGAUAGAUGCUCUUGUAAGCUUGUAAAUGUGUAUAUAAUGCUGUGGUGUAGGAAGCCUAUUGCAAAUUUCAUCUGACAAGGUCGUUGCUGCCUCAGUGCCUUCAAAAUUAUUAAUCCUCAGGAAGUAGAUCCAGGUGAAGCAACUAUUUAGGCUACAGUUUAUUGAUGCUUCUCUUCUGAAUUGAUCCUUGUAUUUGAGACAUGCCUCCAUUUGAUGGCAUAUCAUAAGGACAGAUUUAUCGACAUACCCUUUUUAAAGGCACACAGGUCCAAUUUAAUGACUUUCAUGAUAUUCCAUAUUUUUAAUGUGACUGCCUUUAUGAUCAAGACAAGAUUUACAGAUGUGUUUCAAGUGAAAACAGUUGAAAUGAUUACAUUGGCUCACUCCAAAUGGCUUUUGGACAGUAUGAUUAUUUCAGUUGUCCAAAUAUGUCCUGUCAUUGUUUCCGGGUCUUCGCGCAAGAGUUUGUGACCGCAGUGUCUUGCUUUACUCAUGAUAUUGCAUUAGUACCCCACAAGUUCUGAACUAUGCUGGUGUCUCUUUUCAGCCCUGACUUGCACUCUACAGAAAGUUUGCAUGCAGUUCACAGGAACUGGGAAGUGCACGUCACUAAAGCGAAGGAUGCCCUAUGCCUUCUCCCCACUGUCUCAUUGGAGUCUUUGUGUUGCCGUUGUCACAUGUUGGCUUGAAAGUCAAUUAUACUGUUUUUGAACAGGAAUUGAAAGAAUUAUGAGGAAGUGACUGACACACAGCCUGCUUUUGUUUCAAGGCUGUUUCAUACUAGAAACUCUGCACUAACAUCUUUCAAAAGUGAAGGUUUUAUUAAUAACUGUGUCUGAAGACAAGACCGUGAAAGUGUUUCAUUAAUGAUCUGAGUUCACUUCUGACAGGUUUAUAGUCAUUUUAUAUUUUAAAUCAAGCUGGUGAGAGAAUCAGCUAUACUGCUAGAGAACCUUGUGUCUCAGUACUGAAUACUUGAGCACCUGUAAAGAUGGCAUACGUUGUUUGUCAAAAUAACAAAACUGACAUUGAAAAGGGAUAUUUAGUUAACCUAGCUCUGACUAAAGGCCUAAGAAUACUUCAGUCUUCAGUUAGCAGUGUGCUAACACAGAUUUCAUUAUCAGCACAGGACUACUCACAUGGUUAGUCUGCAUUUUUUACACAUGCACCUGCCGUUGACUGUGCUAAAAGAUGAUCACAAAGUAUGAUCACAUAGUGCACAUGGUUCAGACAAGGACCAUAUGGGUUUGCGGUCAAAAAAAGUAUACUUUGAAAGGUUGAGCGCUCCACCAUGCACAAUACGUAAUGGCAUGCAGGAAAAUUAAGUGUACCCCAGCCUUAAGAGUCCUGACUGUUUAUAGACCAUCUAAUUCAUAUGCAAAGACAGAUAAAGUAUUUUUUGGCUUUUACAAAUAGAAAGAUAAUUAUUUGUGAUUUAGAUGUAGGUUUACAGUGAUUUAUCUAAUAAUCUAAUCAUACUUUUGGAAUACAGCUAUAGCUUCCAAAAUAGUGAUUGAGCAAUGUUUGAUUUAAUUGUUUAAUCGUUCCCAAAUUUAACCUGAUGAUAUUCUGAGAUAAUUUUUUUGCUUUGUUUUAAUUACACUUCUGUUGUAAUAUUCUGAAAUGGUUGCUUUUGUUUUAAUUUUCCAUAUGUUGUAAACUUUGUACAGUAUUAUUUUUUUAUAUAUACACACUUAGACAGGCUUGCAGCUUUUUUUUUUUUUUUUUUUUUUUUUUGCAGUGUUUCUGUGUGGUUCAUGUGUGCAUUUCCUGAACACCUCUGGAUCAGAUACCAGCACUUAACUCUCUCUGCAAACCAGGCAAGAAUGGGAGGGGCUGGGGUAGGAUGUGGGUGGGGAAUGCUACAUGUCUUCACUCACAAGAGGCUCACUUACUCGGUGGCUGCAAAUGCAUGAGAAUAUGUGGUUCCCUUAUUUUUCAAAGGUUGGGUCAAACUUAAGCCAAUGUUAGUUUGCCAUCAUAUGACACAAUUGGCAACUGAUAAAGCAGAGAGUGAAGGGGUAACAGGAUUGGCAGAUACUUUCUAUUUGUUUCUUUGAUUUGAUUUCUUAAAGAUUUGUGCAAUUUAUGAUUUCCUCUGAUGGAUUUUGGUGAUUUUCUGUUUUCUUGUCAAUUUUGCCAUUUUAAUUAUCAUUUAAAACUUUGAAAGAGCUGAAAACUGAAUGUAAUCCAUCAUAUCAUUGUUGAGAUACUAACUUUGGGAAAUAUAUUCAUUGCUUAAUCUUUUGCAUCUUGUCUUCUGUCACAUUUACCAAAUCCUAAACUGCAAAAUACCAGUGGCUAAGCCUCAGCAGUAUUCAUAUUACAGAUGGUAAUAGUAAUAUUAGUAGCACUUCAAAACCAAAACACUUACACACCAGGGUAAUGGUUAAGCCUGUCAGUGUGGUGUUGAAUCUGUCUCUACAGCUCAGUUGUUAUGUCAUAUAGUAGCAAAAGUGGAUUACUUGUGGUGAGCUGUUUUCUUACACACACUGGGGUUAAUGUGUAAAGGAUCAUGCACAGUCAGCCAGUUGUUAUCACAAUAAACCCAGACAGGGUGAUCAAGGCUGUAUCAGGUCUUGCAUCACCCUGAAGGGAUUAUUUUGCAAUAACAACUGACUGACUGUACAUUAUGCCACUUAUUACAUGGCUAAUAACCAAAUCAAUUUAUAUUUUAUUUUCAUAAAAUAUUGACUUUUGUUGAAAUGAUGCAUUUUGAGGAGAAAGAAAUCACUGAACAGCUGAAAUCCACCUCCAGUUUGCGUCUGAGUUCUGUUUGUGUUUUUUUUUUUAUGUGUGUGUGGAAAAUGACCAUCUGACUCAUCAAUAAUCACACUAUUACAAGACUACUUGCCAAAUAA